AUGGAGAGCACAAUCAUCCCACAGCCCCAGUCUUCUUUAGGGUUCUUUGGAAUAAUCAGGGAGUCUUUCAAGACCACAAGCCGAAAUGGGAAGAUUCUUGUUACAAUCCUGCUCUUUGUGUUUCUUUCAUUCUCCCAGUUAGAUUUUGCUCAGGAGUAUAUACUUGCACCUGUUAUUAAUGAUGUUGUGUUGCAGUUAGCGAAACACCCGAACAUGGUUCAUGAUCUCACUAAUAGAUUCGAUCAAACUACUUAUGUUGGUGCAUUCAACGACCUUCGUGAGAUUCUCCUUGUCAAACUCUUGAGCAUGGCUGUCUCUUCACUUAUCAUGCUGUUUUUCUUGAUUGCCACCGUUUCUUCUUCAUCUGAAGCUUACACUGCCAAAGUAUUAGGCCCAAAAGACAUUUUCUUGAAAAUUAAAAAGAGUUGGAAAAAACCAAUAGUAACUAGCUUUUACAUGAUUUUGCUCACUUUGGGCAUUGCCUUGUUUUACACACUUUCAAUUGGUAUAACCUCCAUUUUGGUCGUUAAUUCAUGGGCAGUUUGGUUCAUAGGGGCUAUCACUCUUUCAAUCCCAGCUUGCUACUUUUACGUCGCGACCCUUUGGUUGGUAAGUUUGAUUGUUUCAGUUUUGGAAGAUGGUUCUACUGGUCUUGAAGCAAUUGGGAGGGCUUCAGAGCUAAUGAAAGGCAAAAGGCUACAAGCAUCAUUGAUGAUGGUUCUUUUUGCUAUUGCCUAUGGUCUUAUUGUUAUGAUGGCUAAUUUCCUUACAAUCUCUAAUCGGAGCAUGACCGCAGAGCUGGCUAUAACUAUUCCUUUCAGAAACGGAUUCUAUUCCUUGUUAAAACUCUUUAUGUUUGUGGUGUAUACCGUUUCCUAUCAUGAAUGGAAAACAAGCCAUGAGGAGAAGGAAGGGAAAGGAUUUUACCUUCCGGUUGCUACUGGUGAUGUUUAG